GUAGAUCAGCGAUCCCCCCGGCAGGAAACAGAAAACCGGGUUGCAGGACCAAGCCACACCACCAAUAUUCGCUCUGUUAAGGACCAUCGCCCCUGACACGGGCAUCGAACCAGGCCAGCCGUGCUUCCGUUCUAUCGAUACCCCUUGAUACCCCCCACCCCAACAGCAAUCCACCUGACAAAGGAUUACGCUACAACUUACAAGCAUCAUCCUGUCUGCCCAGCGCACUUCGCCUUUUGUCCCUUCGUCAUUCAGCUCGCCAUUCGCCCACAACUUGACCGACCAGGCCAAGUCUCACACGGCAUUCCCACUUCCCACCUUACAUGGUGGAGACAAAAACGAAUAUACCCCUGGACUGUGCUUGCCACCCACCAUGGAAGGUAUAGCUGCCCAAGGUCAGAUGGGGGAGCGCUCUCGGCCUGCUCUCCCUCGCACCGGCUCCAGAUCCAGCAACAGCUCGACACAAACGCGCAUGACACCCCUCAGUACCAACAGCUCGCGGUCUCACCUCCCUCCGUCUCCCCAACUCAGCACCGCCAAUCCAGCACACCGGCUUCGCCACCGUGCCUUGAGCCGGGGCUCGCUCGAACCCCCCAGGUCUCAGUUAUCGCGCGAAGGUUCCGACGACCUCAGACAGAACCUCCCGCCAGUGUCGAGCUUCUUACAGGAGCGCCUACAGAGAGAAAGAAGGGUGGAGAGCGAAAGAUCGUCGAGCAGGAUGAGCAAUGACCCCAUGAGCGCGUCGCUGGAUCUCAGAGCCACCCAGAGCUCUCCAGCUCGUAGCGGAACCUCGGAUGGCCGCCGCCCGCGGUCUAGCGGCGGCGCUGAAUCCACAAAGAAGAAGGGACUGGGGCUCAAGGAGAUGGAGCAGACAUUAUCGACGCUGCACAAACAAAACUUCGACCUCAAACUCGAGUUGUUCCACCGCCGCGAGCGGCAAACAGUAUUGGAUGAGCGGGUAGAGAAGCUGGAGUCGGAAAAGGGCGAGGUUGAGAGGAUGAAUGACAGGUUGAUCGAGGAGUUGGAGAAGCGAGACAAGGCAGUGGAAGAGGCAGUGGCCAUGAUCGUGGUCCUCGAAGCCAGAGUCGAGCAAUUGCUGCGAGAGCGGGAGAUGGUCCGACAGUUUGACGCCGAUGGAUACUUCAAUUCGCGGGCCGACCAGUCGACCCCGGGGCCCGAUAUGUCGACGCCUAGGAUGAUGCCGUUAGAGCCGCUGAAGGAUGACCCCAGGGCCCUGGCUAGGAUGCCGAGUUUCUUGUCUGAACAUAGCGAGAACACCGAGAACCUCCGGAACGUCUAUCUCGGCGUCCGCGGGAGUGUUAUGAGCCUCCCUAAGAUGUCUGAAGACGGUCUGGAUGGUGGACGUGGCGAGCUUGAUGGGAUUGGAAGCCCGAGCUUGAGUGUCCUCAGUGAGAGCUCGUUCCUCAGCAUUUACGGUCAGAAGGAGAGCAGUCCUUCUUCAACGCCUGACGUCAGUUCUGCAACGUUGCGUGUGUCUCGCGACGACGGCGCAUCGGCACACCGACAGUCAAGCUCCAAGUCGAGGAUCGCCACUCCAUCGAAGGCACCACGCCAGCCCGCCUUGCGAGGAGCUAGCAGUGGGUCGGCCAAGUUCCAGAAUAUCAAUGACAUCCUGGACGUAGGGGGUUCGCCACUGCAGCGCCUGGAGAAGCUGGAGAAGACCCUCACAGCCAUGGAAGAUGCUUCACGGUCCUCGAGCCAGGACAGAAGGCGUGACGCCCACUCAUCCCCGAGUGGCCGGCCCAAGCCGCCAACCCAGCAGAGAACGAAGCAGGAAAAGCGGGAUGCUUUAGAGAGGGUCCUAACCAACGCACCUCUAGCCCGCGAAUUGGCGCAUCAUAACGCUCUGCCGCCAACCCCUGACACAAUUUCCACCUCGACUUUACGACGCUAUAAGAACUCGAGCGACACCCUGCCCAGGGACCCGGACCUGUCGAAUGAGCGUAGCUAUCUCGCGCUCUCCGAGACUACUGCAUCCCAGCUGUCUGCCACCGAUGAGAAGAGCGGCUUGGGUGGCUACGAAGGAAAUACCGCGUCGCAGCAGGCAUCCACCGCGGCCCCUGACAGCCGCAAGGAAGCAGCCGGCAGCCGCAGUUAUUACGACAACCACCGCCCGUCGGAACACAUACCACGGCCGCGAUCUGCCGACGAGACUACGGUAUCCCAUGGACGCGGUCGUCGCCGGAGUGAUUGGGACACAGAUGACUCGGGCGAUGAUCUCGACGAUGCCGACUCAAUGGCCUCGAGCUUCGACUAUUGGAUGCGUGAGAGUAUGAAACCGAAUCGUGUAAAGGUCCCCAACCCCCUCAGCUCUGCGUCGCAGGCCGGCAGCCGUCAACAUGGCCGCGUGUCGCCCGACCUUUUCUCCUUCCCAUCGACCAUCACUAGUGGUUGGGCGACCGAUGCCAUGUUCGGUUCGCUUGGCGGACAAGGCUACAUCGGGGCUGGUGGAAGCAGCGUCCCGACCCAGGGUGUCUGGUCGCAGACACUCGAUGCGCUGGGCAAUUCAUUACCAACGCCCCUUUUCGACUCCGGGCUUGCAACGCCCGUACUGGGUGGCACCGGGAUCCCCCCGCCUCCCCCUAACAGACGAUCCAGCCUGCACGCGCGUACCGGGUCUUCAUCGGCAACUAACCCCGCUGUCGGCUCUCCAGCCCAGCCCAGCCCGGCAACCGGGAGGCUCCGGAAGAGCCCCGAGAGGAGACCGCGGUCAAGGAGCAACAGUGUCGACGUCCGGCCAUCCUCGCGGGGCCUCGCGCAGAUGGGAUUCGCCCAACCCCGCGCCCCGACGGCCCCGCCUCAAAACCCCAUGCCGGGACCCGACGCGCCCUACAACCAGCAGAAGCAGCGCCACUACCCGCCAACGGCCAGCCAGCAGCCGCGCAGCCGCGGGCUAAACAGCCUCUUCCGGCGCUCGACCGGAACGGCGGACCCGGCGGCCCCCUCGAGCGCGCCGCCAACUCAGACCUCGUUCAAGAGCAGCCAGCCGGCCGCCCCCGGUCCGCCGAUCGUCGGGGUGCCCUCCUGGGGCAGACGCGCCGACCUCGCCGACGACGACAGGGCCAGCGCGACGCCGCCGCCCAUCAUGCGGAACAGGGUGGCCACGCGGAGCAGCAGCUUCGACGAGGGCGUAGUGGUCGACGGGCCCGGCGGCGGGGGUGCCCCCGUGGGCGUCAUCCCGGGGGCCGGACCACCUCCCCAGGCGUCGCCGGGGGCGGCGGGCAAGGCAGAUGUCGGGGGCGGCAUGCGCAAGUGGCUGGGCCUCGGGCGCGUCAGCAGCCUGCGGAAUCGCGCGACCUAGUGGACGGCGCGCCGUGGGAGGGUCCGUCGACCCGACCGGCCGAGGACGACUUUGGUGUAGACCCGGGGAUUCCCGAACAACCGUGAGGCGCGUCCCACCUCCGAACUUACAGACGAAUGCUGCGGCCCCUUGCCGCUGGACUUACGGUUGGGCCUGAGCUCAUUUUACUUCGGUGUAUUUCUUUCAUCCUGUUGUCUUAUUGGGGAGGUAUUGGGC